AUGAUUUCCACGUGGCGUCUAAGCUGUGAAGCCAUCUAAACUGUUACAACCGUUACCAACUGAGCUAGUCCGUGUAAACAAAGGAACGCAAAUCCAGAGAGGUCGGCCGGUCGGGAUUGGACGGAAAGAUUUUCCAGUUCAAUGGCGGCGCUUCUUCUACAUACCACAGCUACAGGUAUAGCUAUAGCUCCUAAUGGGUGCGUACGGUCGCGCGUCUCACGGCCGGCGUAUAUUAGACGCUCAUCAGUGUCUCCAUUUGCUACGCUCUCUCCUCCUCGUGGUCGCAGCGAUUCCACCAUUGAUUGGGUGGAGGCAACUUCAAGCUUCUUCGAUCAAGACACCAGACCCAUCAUGCUAUUCGACGGUGUAUGCAACUUAUGUAAUGGAGGUGUGAGGUUCGUCCGUGAGAACGACCGAGACAGAAAGAUAAGAUUCGAAGCUCUCCAAAGUGAAUCAGGGAGGAAACUGCUGAGAAGAUCUGGAAGAUCACCUGAUGACAUUUCAAGUGUUGUACUAGUUGAAAAGGAAAGAUCAUAUAUCAAAUCAGAUGCAGUGCUGAAGAUAAUGGAGUACAUUAACCUGCCUUUCCCCCAAUUAGCAUUCUUUUUACAGUUUGUACCUAUGUUCAUGCGGGAUUUUGUAUAUGACAAUGUUGCAAACAACCGAUAUGCAAUCUUUGGUCGCUCAGAUUCAUGUGAGAUAUAAAUCAGUCUAGUUCUACCAUUACCGAUUUAGUAUCUGUAUAUUGGAGAAAACUCAGGAGAAUGUAUCUUAUUGUCAAGAAAGAAGAAGUUGCAGUUCUCUGUACUGGUAUCAGAUUUAGGUGCCAUGUAUAAGUUGUACAAAGAAUAUAGAAUGAAUUUCAGA